AUGUCCGCCUUUUUCCCCCACGUCAACAUCACCGCGCUGACGAAAUUCGCCGCUGCAACUGCAGCAGCGCAGCAUCCUGGCAGAGCCACGGGUAGACGGCCCCAAAAAACGCUAACCCCAGUGGUGGCGAGCAUCGAAGAUGUCAAAUGGGCUGGAGAACAGAUGAUUCAAAUAACAUUUGAACGCGCCUCCUUACCUCUUGGGCCACACACCAUGAUGGCAUAUUUUCCUUGUGGACGCAAGAUGCUAACAACGCAGGCUGUGAUUGGCAUGAUGACCACUGUCAGAGGUUCGUCCUCGAAGAUCGAAGUGCCCAAAAUAUAUGGCUACCGGGAUCUCCUACCCAAUGACAUUGGAGCUGAGGUAGUCCUCAUGGAAAAGAUACCCGGCGAGAAUCUUCAGGAUGUGUGGCCCACCCUCACGCCCGACGAGGAGCUCAAAAUCUGUAGCAAGCUGGCAGACCUGUUGUUGAAGUUAUUCAACAACCGCGGAAGCUUGAUUUGCACCGACCUUCUUGGUACAGGAGUCAACACCUGCAUAUCCAGUGUCCUCCUACAGGAAGGACAGCAACGUCUACGACCCCUCGGGGUCGGGCCACUGCUUUUAUCGCGCCCGUUUAACGAGCGACCGCUGGAUAUAAUGGACCCACAAGGUGCACUAUCCACUAAUGCUGACUAUCUAACAGCACUGUGCUGGCGCGUUAAGCGCCUUUUCGGUAACAACGAGGAUCUCAGGGCUCAAGCGCGCGACACAGGAUUUGCGGAUAAUCCGCUGCUAACAGCAGAAGACAUGGAGCAAGCCAGAGAAACCUUCAGACGACUGACCAAUUUAAUCGAAUACCAUAUCGGAGGGUUCUAUAUCCCAGAAACGCUCUCUCGCGCAGCGAGGGAAGAGGCCUAUUUGAUUCUGCAACGCAAAAAUUUUGGCAUCUGUCACGGUGACAUGCAAAUGUAUCGCUUCCUCGUCCGGUUCCUGCCUGAUAAAAACGGCAAACUUCGCACUCCCGACUCAGACGUCGAGCUAGUGCUUUGCACGGGGUGGGAACAUUCAUUCCGUGCGCCACUUUGGUCAUGCGCGCGAAUGCCACUCUGGCUCAUCAGCCGGCCGAUCAUGAACGAGCCCAUUUCCAGCUUUCGCCAGGGAGAGUUGCGUAGCGCCAUCUACAACAUGAUGAAUGAGCCCGGUAGAAUCGAGAGUGCCCGGGAGUGGAUCGUUUCGCAUGUAUACGGACGUACCGAGCGGUGGUUCGAGGGAUGCGUCAGCACGCAUUGGAUGUACGGUCGGAAUAUUGAGGCGAAUUUGGUAGACCUCAAGACUUAUUGGGAAUUUUGGCGUCCGGACAUCCCGUUCCCGAUCGAGGUGGGAGUGGAGUACACUCGGCAACGGACCAGUGGGCCCCGGGAGGCGGCAGACGAACCCGUUACUGCACCUGUUACUGGGGAACUGGUUAUUCCUCUCCUCUCUGCUAGUCCUCUUGGACUUUUGAUUGGAAGAAGUAGAUCUUGA